AUGCUGCCCCGCCUCGCGCUCGCGCCCGCGCCCGCGCGCCGCCUCCGCCCCGGAGCCCGCGUGCUCUGCACCGCGGCCCCCGCCGAGGCGGCGGCGGCGGCGCCGCUCUCCGCCGAGGAGCUCAAGCUCCUCCUCCGCCGCGACCACUACUCCGCCUCCACCCGCCGCUUCCACUCCUUCCUCCCGCUACUCUCCCACCCCUCCCUCCUCCUCUCCUCCGCGGCCAUCCUUCGCCGCCGCUCGCACCCCUCGCUCCAUUCCCCACCACCCGAGCCCCCUCUUCUCCCUUCCGCCGCCGCCGAAGUGAUCGCCUCCCCAUCCUCCCACCUCCGCCUCCUCCUCCCCUCCCGCGUCAAGGGCCGGCCGCUCCCCGUCCCCACCCUCCCUCUCCGCCUCGCUAUGCUCUCCGCCGCAUCCGCCCUCGACGCCGUCUUCGCCCCGCGUGCCGCCACCUUCGCCUACCGCGCCCGCCACACCGCCGUCCGCUACCUCAGGUCCAUCCCCAACGCGUCCUGGUUCUUCCGCGUCGCAAUCCUGCGCCAGCCCUUCGGCCCUCGCCAUGUCCGACGCCUCCUUGACGGCAUCUCCGGUAAGGUUGAUGACCUCGGGUUCCUGGAAUUCCUGCGCGAGCUGUUCGUUUCCGAUGCCAUAGCGUUCGAACUCGGCGGCUGCGAGCUAGGCCGCGGCCUCCCACAGGAGUCGGAGCUCACCGCCACGUUGCUGAACAUAUUCUUCGAUCCUGUCGAUAGAGAGGUGAUGGCCAUCCGUGAGGAGGUGCACAAGAAUAAUCCUAGAGUUAAAGAUGAAAGCGUUCUUCAUACGCCCGUGAGAGUGUAUGCUGCACGGUAUCUCGAUGAGAUAUUGGUUGUGACAUCUGGUUCGAAGAUGCUCAUGAUCGAGGUGAGAGACAGAAUCCUUGCAGUUUUGGAGCGGGAUUUGGAAGUGAAGGUGGACAAGUUGGCGAGUUCAGUUCAUAGUGCUGGGUCGGAGAAGAUAGAUUUCCUGGGUAUGGAACUCCAAGCUGUGCCACCAUCAGUCUUACUCCCACCCUUGUCAGAGAAGGCAAAGAGGGCAAAGAAGAUGUAUCUGAAACAUAAGGCAGCAAAGGCACAGGAGCUGAAGAAUGCACGGGAAACACGGAGGAAGAAGCUUGGACUGAAGAUAUUGAACCACUUAUUCAAGAAGGUGAGGCGGGGACAUGAAUUCGAGUUUGACUUCCGGAUUGAGAGUGAGGUGCAGCAGCUGUUCAAGGAGUGGGCAGAUGAGGUUGUCAUUGAAUACUUCAAAUCGCCAGAACAUUGCAGAUAUUGGCAUCGAUUUCUCACUUCAGGUGAUUUUUUGUCAUUGACUAGGAUGAGAGACCAGUUGCCACCUGCAUUGGUGGAUUCCUAUGACAAAUUUCAAGAGACACUUGACAGGUUCUUGAUGCCCAUGAGAGACCAUGGCACAUCUGACAAAGAGGAGAGGCUAGCAGAGGAGGAAGAGAGACAAUAUGAGAAAAGGACUGUCGAGGACUUGACCGAAUUGAAGAUGAGGAUCAAUGCGCCAAUAGAGCUGGUAAGGAAGCACGUAAAGUUGGCUGGCUUUACAAAUUCCAUGGGACGACCACGGCCAAUUAAGCUGCUUAUCUGUUUGGAUGAUACAGAUAUCAUCAAUUGGUAUGCAGGUGUUGGGAGGAGGUGGCUUGAUUUUUUCUGCUGCUGUCGGAAUUUCAAGAUGGUCAAGACUGUUGUUAGUUACCACUUGAGGUUCUCCUGCUUCUUGACACUGGCUGAGAAGCAUGAAUGCACCAAGAGGCAAGCAAUUAGCCAUUACACAAAGGAUUUGAAAGUGAAAAAUGAUGAUGGAGUGUCAGAAGUGCACUUCCCAACAGAGCGGGAGAUCAAGAUGAUGGGUGAUAAGAAUCUUUCCGAUCCGAAGCCUGUGGAUGGAGCCUUGACUAUGAUCUUGGUCAGAUUAGCUGUUGAUGACACCACCUAUCCAUGUCUGGCACAUUUUUGUGCUGAAACAGAUACUGUUAUUUACCGAAUACGUUUACUCCAGAAUCGUCUAAAUGUAGAUCCUCUGAAUGAGAAGAAAUGGGCCCAAGGGCUAAGUUCCAUUCAUGAGAGUCUGAACAAGAAAUGCCUCCCUCUGUGCUCCAUGCAUGCAAGCGAUCUACUUCUUGGCAAGAUUACUCUUCAAGAUAUUGACUGUACUCGAUUUGUUGAUGUGGAGUAAAACACAUUUGCAUAACACCUCUUGGAAACACGUGGUCAUGCAAUAUUUUGUGUUUCCUCUGCAUCUAGUGUUACUUGCAUUUGGUGGAGUGAGCCACGGUUAGCUCCACAUGACAGUUUGUGCAUGUUUGUCUGUAAUGUCGGAGAAGAAAUGCUGGCUGUCUUUUCCAGAGGAAUGGGGCUACAUGUAAUGUUAGCAUUACGUUGCACUAGUAUGCAGAAUAGCUUCAUAUCAUUGUUGCUCAGUUGGUUGAUUCUGAUAUUGAUUGGGCAAGAAAUCUCGUGAUACCAACUGAACUGGUUGUUAUGGUCAGGAUGCAUCAUAAUGAUUGGUGCUGUCAUCCAUGGUCAAAGUGGUUCCUGCUUCUCCCUCACAUGGCCAUGUAGGGGUAUUAGCAUGCUAAAUACGAAGCUAUUCAUGAUUGUUGUCAUGGUCUUCUUGACAUGAUGGUUUUCCAGACACUCCAUGAUCUCACAGUUGCUACCGAAGCUGCCGCAACAUACCUCUAACAACCAUAUUCAGGCUGGCAGGCGGGCAGUGGCUUCCAUGACAUGGACGACAUGGCAACAGGUCCAUGCCGACGGUGUAACAUUUGGUGGUGUCCGGAGCACAGCGGCUAUCAACACCUCAUAUGCACAGGUUCUCGAUCAAAGCCUCAAAGGGGGCGCGACGUUUCACGUCAUCAUUGGGAGGCGGUACCCGGCGAGUACAGCAUCCGGAUUUCGAACUGAUUUGGUGGUGGGCGCACGUGAACUUCAGCGCAUGCCCCACGCGCUACAACCUCAUCCUCCCCCAACGACCAAGAAAACAAAUCAUGCCAUAUCGCAAGCCAACCAUUAAAAAGUUGAGAGUGUGGGAUCGUCAGCCUCCACCAGGACGUGCAGACCUGCGGGUACGAGGACGUGCAGGUGAUGUGGAACAUGCUCAGCUCGGAGAAGGAGGCGGCGCCACCGCCGUCGCCGCCGCGGAAGCGUGCGUUCUGGCGGCUGCCGGUGUGGCCGGUCUGGUCGGCGCGCGGCCGAUGCCUGCGGCGGCAGCGUGAAGAGAAUCCUACCGCGGCUUGCAAUUUCGCGAUGUAAACGGAUAAGGCAUUUUGAGAUGUUGCAAAGCAAUUGUGCCAUUUUGUUCAAAUGGCUCAUCAUGGCCCGAUCUAUGUGUACAAAGACUCUGUAUAUAGCUCAGGGCAAUGUGGUGUUGCUUUCUUUCUCUGUUCUUUGGUGCUCCUGAAUCGAUUUGGAUAGUUGCAGUCCUCAUCUGGUAUCCCCCAAGAGUAUAUUUCAUGUCAAAGUCCAACGGAAGUUUGUACAUAUGGUUUCACCACCGUCAUAGAAAUGCACA